UUGGACGUCCCACUCCACUUUGCUACUCCCUCUCUCUCUCUCUCCAACUCUCGUCCUUUUCUCCAACAGUCUCCAAUCCAUCUCUCUCUAAAUCUCUCUCUCUCUCCGCAUACAAUUCAAGACGGAAUUUCAGAAUUCACAACUUGCUUUGAAAGGUUUUGAUCAAGUUUUUUCGAUGACUUCGAUUUCUGGCCGUGUUUUUUGAUUUUCAUAGGAAAGAUUCGAUUGUCUUUCUCUCUGUCUCCGUCGUUUAAAGUUGUUUGGUCCCAUCUGUUUUUCGAGGGAUCGUUGUCGUCGUCAUCAGUUGUGGAUUUCUGACAUGGCCUCUUCCGCUUCCGGAGAAGCCCUCAAAACCUCCGUCUCCAACAAACUCAAGCAGAAAGAGGGUACUUUGGACAGUGAUGCUGGGAACUCACCUAGUGUAGUUGGAUCAGAAGAUGACGUUGAUCUCCUAAAGAGUUCAACAUCAGGAUCAACCAAUUCAAAUGUUGUCAAAACUUCCAAUUGUUUUUCAUCUAAUGAUGAUGAUAUGAGCAUGGACGAUGAAGACGACAACGACGACGACGAUGAUAAUGACUAUGAUUUUGAUGACAACGAUGGUUUUCUGUAUGAUGUUGGUGAUGAUUUGCAAUCUCAGUUUGAUAAUGUGGACUUGCCUCCUGGUGUAGAAGCAACUCUUCCCUGGUUGAAUGAUCCUUCACCGAGUGAGAAACCAUCCACUAAGACGCUAGCUAUUUCAGAUCUACCACCAUGUAGUUCAACUGUUCAUUGUGAAGCAAGUUCAACUGUUCCUUCUGAGGCAAGUUCUAGUAAGGAACCGGCAGACAGCAAUGACGACAGUAUCAUGCAAACGUCUCAACAGUUUAAGCAAUUUGAUAUGGUGGAAGAUUUCUCGGAUCACCACUUUAGCCGCGUGGGAUAUUCAGAUGGGCAGCCACCCAAGGCUUGGGCUAAGCAAAUUCAGGACGAGUGGAAGAUUUUGGAGGACUUACCGGACACUAUAUUUGUCAGGGUUUAUGAAGCUAGAAUGGAACUUCUGAGGGCAGUAAUUAUAGGACCUCCGGGCACUCCCUACCAUGAUGGUCUUUUUGUCUUUGAUUGUCUCUUCCCCACUGACUAUCCUAAAUCACCACCGAUGGUAUACUACUAUUCAGGUGGUCUUCGAUUGAAUCCAAAUUUGUACGAGUGUGGGAAAGUUUGCCUCAGUCUCUUAGGCACCUGGAGUGGCAAACAAAAUGAAAAUUGGGUCCCAGGGCAAUCAACAAUGCUACAAGUUUUAGUCUCUAUACAAGCUCUUAUUUUGAAUGCAGAGCCCUUCUUCAAUGAGCCUGGUCAUGAGAGAACGUAUGUUGGAGCAGAAGGGCGAAGGCAUUCCCAAAAGUACAAUGAGGAUACCUUUAUUCUAUCUCUAAAGACAAUGAUGUAUACACUAAGGAGGCCGCCUAAGUAUUUUGAGGAUUUUGUCUUCGGCCAUUUUCGCGAUCGUGCACACAAUAUUCUGGCAGCAUGUAAAGCAUAUACUGAGGGCAUUUUGGUAGGGUCUGAUAUCACAUCCCAGAAUGCAGAAAAAAGUGGCUCCUUACAAUUCCGGGCAACUGUAGGUAAGAUGAUGAAUACACUCGUUACACAUUUCACCAGAAAUGGAUCAACCGACUGUGACAAGUUUCGAGUUGAAGCCUGAAUCACAUUUGACUAGCAGCUGACUUGAUGUGAUUGGGAAGGUAAUAAGAUUUAAGAUAAAUUAGCGAGGUGAAACAAAAUCAUUGGACCUGCGUAUGGUAUUUUUCGUUUCCAUCUGCUUUCCAAUACUGGUAUUUUGGAAUUGGUUAGUUCAUUUUUCUGUCUGUUGUAUCGUUCGGGAUUCUGGGUAGUACAUGUACGUAUAGUAGGAUGGCGUGGUGGAUGAUGAAAUUCAUGUUGAACUGCGACUUGGCUUAUUGCUAUGUUGAUCUAAUUGUGACCUUGUUUAGAUGCUUAUAGCCAAAACAAUUUAUGUCAAUUUCCCA